AUGGCAGCUCCCCCGAGCGCACCCAGCCUGGCAGGCCUCGCCGCCGAACGUUUGUGGGAGACGCAAAUCCGUCGAGAGCACCAAGUGUUACUGAAGCAGGUUCGUGACAUCGGGGCUCAGCGCGAUACCGACCUCGCCAACCUUGACCGGAGCCGCGAGGAGAUCACGCAACUUAUCAUCGCUCUCCAAGGCAGAAUCGACGAGCGAGAGCGCCAGAUCAACGAGCAGAACUGCAAAAUAGAGGAGAUGGAGACGCGACAUACUGAAUUCGAGUUCUACGUUAGACAGCUGAUGGGUAGCUGGGUAUCUGCUGAGCGCCUAGAGGAGAUCAUGGCGACGCCUGCUGCGAUAGACUAUUGUUCUGCGGCGACAGAUCUGCUUGGCUCGCCCUCGCAAGACGAACCUCGAGGCUCUAUCGAAGUCGCCUUCGAGAAUGCUCGCACAAGACCACCUCCACGAGUUGCCAACAGGAAGCGAUCGAAGUCUGUCCUUCAGCCCGUCAUCGAGGAUUCAUCUGCCAGAUCUCCAACCAAGGUCCAGUUUUUCAGGAAACCUGCUGUUCCUCCUGCCCGCGCUGUCCGAUCUCCCUCCAUUGUCGACAGUCAAAAGCGACCCACUACAACUCGUCCUACUAACGGAGAUCCUCCUCGAGCUUCUCCCAUGACCAGAAGCAGGAGUAGGAGCAAGUCCAGUGAGCGACCUCGGGGCCCUCAAUCUGCAAAACUCCCACCGAAACCUACCUCCGUCAAGAUUCCCAAACUUUCACAAGGCCGCCGCACCUUUAAGGCUUACUACGAACAAGCUACAGCUAUUUUCAACGAUCUUGGUAUCAAGUUUCAAGAGACGGAACUAGACUUUGUCUCAGCUUUCAUCAAGGGUAUCUUCACGAAGAAGACUGCAACCGAGCUUACAAACAUGCUGGAGCAGUCUCAUAUGUCAAAGGUUACUCCGGAUGGGACUUACGUGGUAAUUUGCACAUGGGACGAGCUUGGAGAGGCUGUGCGAGAUGUGGGACUGGACGUUAAGCAACCAAUUGUUGUCAAACGUAGGGCCAGAGAUAGUUUGACUCCAGCUGCAAUGCUACACAUGACUAAAGAGGUUGCUAGCUUCAGAGCUGCGAUCUCGUCACCGAUGGAUCAAUCCAACAGCCGCGGCAGUAGAUCCUCCAGAAGGCCGGUUGAAGAUCCAGGUCCAGGCAAUGGAGUCUCUAGUACAGCUACUACCGAAGUACAGCAAGCUGAGGAAGCCGGGUUCAAUAGAGGAAAAGCAACUAGGGUCUCUGCAGCUGCGCAAGGAGGUAAGAAGGGUGGUGUGAGAAAUGAUAAGCGGUGA